CUAGUCUUUUGAGGUCAUUUGUAGGAGGACAUGGAGAGAUGGCAUUGGUCAAUUGCUGACUUAAACCUUGACUUUCAGGAGGAGCUGAAGAUGAAUAUGGUGCCCCUACAGGACAAGCUGAAGGUCUUUCAGAAGGUCACGGUCACCUUUGAGGAAGCAGAACAACACAUCCAGACUCAGGUCCAGGAUACAGAAAGACAGAUCAAGCAGGAGUUUGAGAAGCUUCACCAGUUUCUACGAGAUGAAGAGACAUCCAGGAUAGCUGCACUAAGGGAGGAAGGGGAGCAGAAGAGUCAGAUGGUGAAGAAGAAGAUUCAGAAGAUGAGCAGAGAGAUCUCAUCUCUUUCAGGCACAAUCAGAGCCAUAGAGGAGGAGAUGGAAGCUGAUGAUGUCACAUUCCUGCAGAACUACAAGACCACAGUUGAAAGAACCCAGUGCACACUGCAGGAUCCAGAGAGGCUUUCAGGAGCUCUGAUCAAUGUGGCAAAGCACCUGGGCAACCUGAAGUUCAGAGUCUGGGAGAAGAUGCAGGAGAUUAUUCAGUACACUCCUGUCACUCUGGAUCCCAACACUGCACACCCACGACUCAUCCUGUCUGAGGAUCUGACCAGUGUGAGAUGUGGUGAUAAGAAACAGCAGCUUCCUGAUAAUCCAGAGAGAUUUGAUAAGUAUGCCAGUGUGUUGGGCUCUGAGGGCUUUAACUCAGGGAAACACUGCUGGGACGUGGAGAUUGGGGAGAAUGAUAAUUGGUCCCUGGGUGUGAUGACAGAGUCUCUCCGGAGGAAGGGAAACUACACCUAUGAGUGGAAUGUGGUUUGUGUGGUAUAAACAUGGUAACUAUAAAGCAUGGCCCCCACAACAACCUUCCACUCCCCUCACAGUGAAGCAGAAACUCCAGAAGAUCAGAGUGCAGCUGGACUGGGACAGAGGAAAGCUGUCAUUCUCUAACCCUGUCAAUAACAAACCCCUACACACCGUCACACACACUUUCACUGAAAGAGUGUUUCCAUACUUUGGCACGGUACCUGCAUUGAAGAUCUUACCAAUGAAGGCGAAAAUAACAAUUCAACAUCAGAAGUAAGUGUGUGCAUCUGUGCGUGUGCACUGCAUCUCCACCCGUGCAGUUAAUGUCCGUUUAUAAUCCACAGCUCUGUGAUGAUGUGCUGAUGUUGUUAAGCUGUUUCAUACGCUGUUUCAUUCUACACCUUUAUAAUUGUCCAUUAUGCCAUAAUGGACACAUGCAUGAUGUAGGAUGUCCUUGUGCUGAUGUUGUCAAGCUGUUUCGCGUUAUUCUGUUAUUUGUAUUAUUUCAUGUUAACUGAUCCAGGGUCACGCAUUAGUGAGGCCUGAGAGGACAAAUGGGGAAUUUCCCAUCAUAUUUGUGUUUAAACUGUAAUGAUGCAGUGUGUUUCAUUUAUGAUGCACAAUUUGCUUAAUGCUCAUUUGUUUAAUUUGUCCAUACAUUUGUCUUUACUUGUCUUUACCAACACCAUUUUCACCAUCAGUACUUUCUAAUCACAGGUGUGAAGGAUGUUUUUGUCUCUGGUUUCAAAUGACAUUAUAUUUGUCUUUAAUCUG